UGUCUGCCCGGGUGUCCGGGGGCUGCCAGGGAGCGCUGCCCCAUCCCUCUCCCCUCCUGUAGCACAGAGGGACACCCCCGCCCCAAGCCUGGUCAGGCAUCUGCCCCACUGCAGCGCUCGUCCCCCGGGCCGGCCGGUGUGUCCCAGCACCAUGGGGAAGCAGAACAGCAAACUGCGGCCAGAGAUGCUCCAGGAUCUGCGGGAAAACACUGAGUUCUCCGACCUGGAGCUGCAGGGUUGGUACAAAGGUUUCCUGAAGGACUGUCCCUCUGGUAUCCUCAACGUGGAGGAGUUCAAGAAGAUCUACGCCAACUUCUUCCCCUACGGUGAUGCCUCCAAGUUUGCUGAGCACGUCUUCCGCACCUUCGACACCAACGGCGACGGCACCAUCGACUUCCGAGAGUUCAUCAUCGCCCUGAGCGUCACCUCCCGCGGGAAGCUGGACCAGAAGCUCAUGUGGGCCUUCAGCAUGUACGACCUGGAUGGCAACGGCUACAUCAGCCGGGAGGAGAUGCUGGAGAUUGUGCAGGCCAUUUACAAAAUGGUCUCCUCUGUGAUGAACAUGCCCGAAGAUGAAUCGACUCCGGAGAAAAGAACGGAGAAAAUCUUCCGCCAGAUGGAUACUAAUAACGACGGUAAAUGA